UUCUCAAAGUCGCACGCAUCGCAAGUAAUAAGCGGGAUAAUUGAUACGUAAAUUAUGUUUAAAUUUGGCCAAGGACAGAGAAAAAAGCACCUCUACUUCAAUUUGCAACGUUUUUGAUCCACAUAUAAAUCUGCAAAAAUAACAACAGUAAAUUUGUGAGUUCCUUGAAAGCUUGAAAGGGAGGUUAUGUCAACACCAGAGGACCGAAGGUUAUGUCACCCGCAAGGAGCUCCCUCUCCCGGAGAAUGAUUUUCUUCUAACCACUUGUAACCCGCAGCUUGUGAACAGAAAUCCCCGUUCGGUGAAGCUUUAUCCGGAGGUCUCUCAAGUGCUCGUUUUCAUGGACGUCCCACGGCCAAGAAUAGCCAAGAGUACGCGAAUCUAGCCGUCAUAUAAUCGAACAGGGACCGCUCCCUCCAUAGCAGUCCUCCAGCACGAUUUUUCCGACGAAAUUUUCACGCAGGAAAAGGUGUCCACCCCGGCGCUCGUAUAUGGGGCCAGAGGGCGGUGGACCGUCGUUUCAGCGAGGGAAAUCUCGCCUAGUGAAGUGAACAAAAGUGAGGUGGUUUCUCGGUCGGGGGUUCGAAAACACGGAAACCUCGCCUGUGCGGAGCGAGGAGACGGUCGCGAAGUGGUUAUAAGUGACCGAGUGAUAUCUGAGCGACUCCGGGGCAAUGUCUCUCGAAACCAGGUCGAGCUCCGCGCUUUUCAAGCGGGCGGAACAGCUCAAACGAUGGGAGCUAUCGGAAACAAAUCGCGAGCCGGCUCAACCACGUCAGGUCGCGAGGAAAAUCAAAUUUUCCGCGGACUGCGUUUUCCUCGCGGCUUGUGCCGCUGGGGACAAGGAGGAAGUCAUACGUCUUCUUCAGAAAGGUGCUGACAUCAACACUGGAAAUGUCGAUGGCCUCACAGCCUUGCACCAGGCUUGCAUCGAUGACGAUUUGGAUAUGGUGGAGUUUUUGGUCGAGCAAGGCGCAGAUAUCAAUCGUGGCGAUAAUGAAGGCUGGACACCUUUACAUGCCACUGCAUCUUGUGGCUUUAUAUCAAUUGCCAAAUACUUGAUAGAACAAGGAUGUAAUCUCGCCGCAGUUAAUAACGAUGGCGAAUUGGCUCUGGAUAUCGCAGAAAGCGAUGAAAUGGAGGAUAUGCUUCAACAGCAUAUAAACAAAGCUGGUGUAGACUGUGAUCAGGCCAGAAGUGAGGAGGAGAGAUCGAUGCUAAAUGAUGCUAGAGCUUGGAGAUCUGGAGCUCCUGGAAAAGACGCAUUGCAUCCAAGAUCAGGAGCCACUGCAUUACAUGUCGCUGCUGCCAAAGGCUACAUAAACGUCAUGAACAUUUUGCUACAAGCUCGGUGUGAUGUGAAUGCCCAGGAUUACGAUGGAUGGACACCAUUGCACGGAGCAUCACAUUGGGGCCAAUUGGAAGCCUCUAAACUCCUUGUAGAAAAUUUCUGUGAUAUGGAUAUUAAGAAUUAUGCCGGUCAGACUGCCUUCGACGUUGCCGAUACUGAUAUCCUGAAAGGUUUAGAAGAACUGAAGAAGAAGCAGCAGGCUCUCUUGAAAGAUCACCCACAAAUCAUCAUCAAGAAACAGCCAGCAUUACCAAAGAAACGCAUAUCUACAAAUAAUGAAAAUACAGUGAUUGAUCAGGAAGGUGUAGAGAUAAACGAGGAAGAAACGCCGAACAAGGUGAAGAAAGUUGAGCUGGAAAUUCAGUCUGAGAAGGAAGAUUCCAGCACUGGAACGAAUAGCGAUGUUGAAGAAACGGUUGACAUGGAUACUGAAGCAAGCGAUUGUGAUAGUGAUUCUGAGACUAGCUCAGAAUCACAAAGUUCCACGUGCUCAGACCAGUCUAAUAAUUCCAAUCAGUCGAACCACUCGUCUUGUAUUAUAGACAAUGAAAAGAAAAAUAGAGUGAAUAGAGAUGAAACGACAUCACAUAGUCCAACGCCUUCCAUAGAAAGCAGCAAAGUUCCUAAUCAGGCCCCAAUCGUGCCAAUCAAACAAGAGACUGAGAAUAACGAAGAGGGAUCCAUUCCUUCGUGGAGACGUUCAGGUUCUUUUAGAAGUAGAACUCAAGAUUCUGAGCCAGUGAAUUCUUUAUCUUCCAGAAUAGAAGACAAGGAAACAUCUCUUAAUUCGCCAACAUCACCAGUCAAGAUAAAAGAAGAGCCUGAAGUAGUUCUCAGACGGACCCAUAGUUUCGAGACCGAUCAAAAGUUCUAUGAGCAGUACCUGGCAUUACGAGCCCGAAUCAAGGCAUCCUCCUGCCCCACUCUCCACCGCUGCAACCCAACUACUCCUACUCAUAACAACGCUGUGACAGCUCGCUCUGCGUCACUACGCGAAACUUACAGGAAAAAGGACAUAAAAUUGAAUUUAGAUUUAUCGAAAGUGCCUCAAGGAAAUAAUCUAUCUCCGACUGCUAUUUCUAAUAAGACUUCGCCAGUGACUUCACUGCCAGCAUCUACGAAUUUCACUGCCACCACGACAACAGUUACUAGUCCGCUUCCUGGAAACCAGAUACGCAGCUCACAACCAGAGGAUGACACUACAGUUGUGUACACGUUAAACAAUUCGGUGACAACUCCCGUAACUCCCACAACGCCAGGAGGUAGCAAACUAAGUCCUGGCAACAUUUUCAAGAAUUUCUUUAAGUCGUUUGUCCCUCCAGUGCGUGACGAGGAAAGCGAAACGCAGAGAAAGGCUCAUGCCAAAAGGGUGAGGGAGACGCGUCGUUCUACUCAGGGAGUGACGUUAGACGAAAUUAAAAGUGCGGAGCAGUUGGUUAAGAAGAAACAACAACAGAACAGCGAUCCACCCACCACGACAGCUCCCUCCACGCAGCCUGCAGCUUCUGUCAGCAAUACAGCCUCGAUCACAGCUACGAUAACAACAGCUACGCCGACUACAGUGACAGCAAGCAAAACCUCUGAGGAGACUAAUUUGCCUGAGAGACGGCCGUCCUGGAGGCUCAGGGUAGAUAACGGAAGCAAGUUCCAGUUAGAAGAUGCAAAUAAUAGAUCCAGCGAUACGACGGCGUACAUCAGAAGACCUUCUGGUGGUUCCAACGUUCCGAGACCCAGUUCUGCACCUGUGGAUACCAUCACGGCAAGCACGGCUGAAACCACUGUCACUUUACCACUCAGAAGACCCCUGAAACCUCCAGAAGACAAAGAGCAAGACAAAGAAAAUGACAGUAGAAACGCACAAGCAACGCAGGCUGUUAUCCAAAGGAGACGAAGGCCUAAAAGAAGAUCAACCGGUGUAGUUCACGUAGAUAUGGAUGAAAUAGAUCCGGAAAAACAAGACACUUCAGCCGGCGGUGACUGCGACGAUUCUAAAAUUAAUCACACGGAGGGAACGCAAGCAAAGCCAACGACUGCAGCUGGUUUGCGAGCUCAAGCAUCUGCAAAUGGAAGUUCAAUAUUCCGAAAUCGGCCCAGAAGUAUAUCAGGAUUAUUUGGACCUAAUCAAAAUAGUUACUCGUCCCUUUUGGGUGUUCAAUCUUCGAACUCGCCAUAUUCGUCGCAACCGUUUAUGAACAAAAGCACAACCAAGUCGCCAAGUUCCUAUUUAAAAAAGAAUUAUUCGAAAUCUACGAAUAAUUUGAAUUAUACGAAUCCUUAUAGUGUUUAUGGAGGCACAGCUUCGGGUUAUGGGGGAUUGACUUUACCCUCGCACGCGAGUAUUAGUUCAUUGAAUUUAGUGAAUCCCACAAGUAGUUACAAUUAUUCGGGACAUGGGAAUAGUUUUACCACGAAUAGAUCGAAUCUUAAAAGAGGAGGCAGUUUCAAUCGAUCGAAAACGAAACCGCAAUUAAACUUCGGAUCGAGAAGCUCGAGUCUGCAAAGCUUAACUGGCUCUGAAGGUUACAUUAGUGGGCAAGAGCGUUCAGGACGUUCCAGCAGGCUCGGUUCAGUCUCGUCCUUAUCCUCGGAAACGCCUUCGUCGCCUGUGAGAACCAAAUCCAUCACCACUGAAAAUGGCGAGUUGGACUAUAAAAAAUUGUACGAGGAAUCGCAAGUCGAAAACGAAAGGCUCAAAGAAAAGCUUCGAAGGUCGGACGAUCAAUUGAAGGAAGUUCGUAGUCUUUUAGAUAAAGCGCAAUGCGCUCAAAAUAAAAACAACCUCUCGGAAACGGAAAAGAGGGAAAGGAGAGCAAUGGAAAGAAAACUGUCCGAAAUGGAGGAGGAGCUCAAGGUAAUGGAACAACUGAAAUGUGAAAAUCAGAAAUUAAAGGACGAAAAUGGUGCAUUGAUCCGAGUGAUCAGCAAGUUGUCCAAGUAACUCCAGUGAUCCCAACUAAAAGGCUACCUUACAGCUUUAUCCGACUUGUAUUAUUAAAAUGAAUUCUUUUAUCUCUACAACAAUAUUAUCAUUACCAUAUCGUCGUAUUUCGAAUGGAUUGAUCUUUGUGUUAGUUAUUUAAUUUAUUAUAACAGAAUCAGUUACUCUUGUGGCUGUGCCAAUUGCGAAAAGAAGCGACAUUUGUAUUCCUCCGAAUGUGAAUACUUAAGGGAGAGAAAAGAGAAAGAGGCAUAGGAAUUUUUACAUCUCCUUCGAUGGAUUAUCUUAUCUUAAUUGAAUUGACAAUAUUGCAAUCCAUCUUAAAGCCGUACAGACUUUUAAAAAAUUCCCUGCAUGUUUGCAGCUGCAGUUUAUGGGCGCACUUUGUACUUUCGCAGGAUCAACAUUUCGGACAAAUUUUGAUUUAAUCGACUCUGUUUUUCGCGUCGAUAUUACCAAUUUAUUUUCAUCGAUUCAUCUUGAUCGAUUUAGAAUUGUACAGUAGAAAUAAUCGUCCGGCUUGUAUCCUGCUUUUCGAAAAAAAAGACUCAACGCUCAGAAUCGUCGAUAACAAAAAAAACAAAAAAAAAGAAUUGAAUCUUGAAUCGAUUCUUGGAGUCUCACGCUUUUUAAGAUUUCGUCCUAAUCUGAUGUUCGAGUGGCCUUUCGAAAAGACUGCAGUUUACAAACUUUUCAUCUCGCAAUCUUUUUGCGGCGUACUGAAAAAUCGAAUGUAUGAUAUACAAGCAUCAAAGAGACUAGUUGCAUCGUCUCUGUAAUAUCGUUUUAGAAUAACUUUCUAAAUCUAUACACCAAUUGCAUUGUGGAUAAAAAGCAAGAAUUUUUUUCGAGGAUUUGUACUUUUCUUCGAAUGUAACGUACGAGUUUCCUUAGCCCUGUUAUAUAAUCAUAAUCAACUUGCAUACAACGAGGAAGAUUUGUAAUCGUGUAAUUGUGCAAAAAUAUAAUUGACACGUUUUUAAUGAAGCUGUUGUAAACAAUUGUAAAAAUUAAGUCAUUAUAUAGUUGUUUCAUAAUGAAGUUUGUUACAGAAUAACAUAGAGUAACCAUCUUUUAGGUAGAAACUUCUAUUGUACUGUAUGAUAGUGAUAUCUAUGUGCUUACUGUAUUAUAUAGUUUUAAAGUGUUCAGGCAAGACUAUCACUCGUAUGGGAUACACGUUAUGUAUAUGUUAUCAGAAUUUAUUAAUAUAAGCGGAUUCAUCUUUAUCAAACAGACACAUUCUACCACGGUGAUAUUCGAUUUUAACACGAUUUCAAAACUCGUUUGGUAUAAAAAAAAAAUAAAUAAAUAAAAAUAAAAUAAUAAUAAAAGAGGUGAGUUUCUAAGAAGCACGAUUAUAAGUUUUCAAUGUUAUGUUAAUGUAGUUAUUUAUUAAAUCGCACUUUAGCAAAGAUCGUUUUCGCUAUUCUACAGGGUGGAUUAUUUAUUAUUAGCAAAAACAUUUUCAAUAGGUAAAAAAAAGAUGUAAAAUCGUACGGAUUAUAGGAAAAUAAGAUUAUAAAUUGAGUGAUGCAAUAUUUUUUAAGUUUUGUGAUUUCAAUUACUUGCCAUUAAAAUAAAAAUGUGUUUCAAACAAUCAAUAUAUAUUUUUUAGAGAAAUAUGGAAAUGCGUUAAUACUUUAUGAUUAAUUCUAAAGUGGGGAUUUAAAAGAGCAUAUAUUUAUUUUAAACGAGAAAUAAAAAAUGUUUAUAAUUAUUAUAGAACAUUUUCAUUUAAAGUAACACGAUUUUAAAAUGUCCAAUUGGCAACUUUUCAAUUCGACAUUCGAAAAUGGUUUCAAUGUUUGAUUUUAAUUUAUCUAAUUUAAAAUUCUACAAUCAUUUUUGGAAAUUUAUAUAACCUUUUUUUUACUAAAAAGAAAUUUAAUAAUCUUAGUACGAUAUUAUGAUUUUGCUAAAAAAAAAAGUUGCAACAGAGUUUCGUUUUUAAUAUAGUUAAAAAAUCAUAAAAAAUUUAAGUUUUAUGAAACUCAUUGUUAUUAAUCUAAUAAGAUUUUAGGUUCGAAUAGUUUGAGAAUGUGGAAAAUGAUCAUACAUUUUUGCCCGCCUUGUGCAACGAAACUUUUUCUAGUUUAUUUUUUAUUUUUUGUCAGAGUGCGAUCAAAACUAGGUAUAGGAGGAAAAUGAUCAUGCUUGAUUAGAAAUUUGCUUUUAGUCACAUGGUACUGAUUUGAUAAAGAUAUAAGUCUGUUUGAAUUUCACUCGGAAUCAAUUUUCUAACACAUAUCAUGUGGCUAGGCGUUCACAUUGGACGCCAAUUCAGAUUGUCAUUUCACAUUCUGUCCUUCUCUCAUGAUCAUGGUUUAUAAAAAAUAAAAUAGAAAAAAAAACGGAAAAUAUAUCACGAAGAUUAUCCAUACACUGGGGGGACUGAGGACUCUAGUCUCCGUUUCAUUAUUGUACUGCAAAAUACUAUACUUGAUUUUGUACUUGUAACUAUAAACGAUAAUGCAAUUAAAA